GCACCUGUUUCCACUUGGCCCUCACUGGCCGGAGCUAGACAUACCUCAGUGAAGAGUAGAGAAUCUAGAGAUAUGGUUCGUGAAAGUCUUCUGUCAAAUUUAUCUCUUCCCGUCCCUCUCAGCUCCACACGCUCAAGAGCACAAGCAAGCACAGUGCACACUGACACUCCAUAGCCCCCCACCUUGCACCGCACCUGCCACAUUCAUCCCUGCCAAAGCGCGUCCAGGCAACAAAGCAGCCAUGGUCUUCGAUGCAGUAAGUCGCUUUCCAUCUACAUCCAUCCCAUACUCACUCCACAAGGCCGCCCCAAUCUCCAAGCGCAAAGGAAGACCGAGCCAAACAUACUCCCUCGAAUCAGCCAUGGCUGAAGAAGCGCGCGAAGUCGAAGCACUCAUCAAUGCGCGUGAUGAGCGAGAACGACAAGCUGCGCUAGCAUCCGCCAAUGUAGCGCGCGAUCUAGCGCCUGAGAAUUAUGAUUUUUCUGUUGGUGGGAGUACGAGUGGGUCGAGCUCACAUCGAUUGAGUGCUGGAUCGAGUUCACAACGCAUGUUUAUGAGUCGAAAGGGAUCGCAUAAUGAUCGUACCUCUCGACCUAGUUUCUCAAGUUCACAGGGGAGAGCCGUGUCGCCCAGUGGCUUAUCAACUCGCAGUUCACGCAAGUCUGCAUCACCGACGCGUGCAGCGGAUCCAUUACACAUGAAGGGGAUGCAUAGGAAACUAACAGACUCUGCAAUGGCAUCGUCAGGUGGUUUACUUGCAACCCUAGCUCCAUCUGCCAAGAUGAGGGAGAAUCAGGAGAAGGAGCGUGUGGAAAAGGAUCAUGACCCAGAGGCUGCGAUUGAAUCGGAUUCAUCAGAUGAACAAAGUGAUGAUGACGAUGAAGAAGACAAGAACAAUACCGUCAAGUCCAGCUUUGUACCACAUCGGCCACCCAUGUCGCUCGCUGCAGCUGCAGAGAAUGAACGACUCGAUAUUAUUCGAGAUCACACACACAACACCCUCUCAAGACAAAACUUUGGCGGCAGUGUACCCACCAUUGUCAAGGACAAUUCACUGGCUGCAACUAGGAAGAAGCAGAUCCGACCUAACACCUCCUUCACAGACGAUUCACGCGCUGUCAGUGUACAAAAUUCAGACGAAGAUGCGGAAGAAGUCGCAUCAGGGAAUCGAGACUUGACGAUCCUUGAGUCUCGCAGGCAGGAAGCUGAAGGGAGAUUAUUUUGUACGCUGCAAAGAGGGGAUUACGAGGCUUGCUAUCAGAAAGCGAAACGCACACGACAGUAUUUGAUCGCGGUGGACUUGUCACCACAGGCAAAGUAUGCAAUUGAAUGGGCCAUUGGAACUGUUGUGCGAGACGGUGAUACGGUGCGCAUCGUACAUGUACUUGACGUGGAAGAAAAAGAAGACCGCCGCACCGAGGCGCAACAUGCCGAAACGCGCGGUGCGUCAAUGGAUGAUAUUAUGGUGGAUCUUAAGCGUUUCCUUAUGCGGACAAAACUCGAAGUGCGCUGUGAAGUGGAGGUGAUUCAUCAUGCAGCACCAAAACACCUCAUCACUGAAAUCAUCGACACAAUGGAUCCAACCUUGGUGGUCAUUGGUUCAAGAGGACUUGGCAACAUGACGGGAAUUUUGCUCGGCUCCUUUUCUAACUACAUCAUCAACAAGUCCAGUGCGCCUGUCAUGGUGGCCAGGAAACGACUGCGGCGUGGUGGCUCCAAGAAGCGGCAAAUUGUACUCCCAACAACAGUCAGAAUGGUCAAUAAUCGCUUCGAGACGGCGGUGGUGGAUUGAAAAAACAGGUACUACUGCAUUUCAUUGUAGAAAGAUUGAAUUUGACUGGCUUGCUAUGAGUAUUCUUCUCUGCGCUGACGUUGUGA